AUGUCGACACCAUUCGUGAAGCAAGAAUAUCAUCAACCACAACAAGUGUUAGAGUUACCUUCUAUAUCACCUAAUGGUGGAGAUCUAGCAGACAAAAAACAAAAGCCAUCUAAAAAGGGUGAACGAACCAAUCUAAAAACAAUCAGGGCUCCUGGAUCGCGAUCGGACCGUGUAGCACAAGCUUGUGAUCGAUGUCGAGCUAAAAAGACUAAAUGUGAUGGUGGGGAUCCCUGCUCAACUUGUUCGGCUGUGGGGUUGAAAUGUAUAGUUUCUGACAAAUUGAGCAGAAAAGCAUUUCCCAAGGGAUACACAGAAACAUUAGAAGAAAGAGUCAGACAUCUUGAAGCAGAAAUCAAAAAGUUGGUUGGAAUUUUAGACAUGCGAGAUGAACAACUUGAGUUGUUAGGAGGUGCUAAGAACAAUUCAGGUUUGAAUGAAUCCAAGUCCGGAACCGGAUUGAAUCACGACCACAAGAUCACCACUUCAAAUUUAAACUUGCUAGAGCAAGAGAAUGGAAUGCAUCUUCACCUGCACGAUGCCAAUGGCUGCUCUUGUGGCUGUGACCAUGCUCAUGCAGUUCAUGAACGGCCAGUGUCAGUUGCGGGGUCAUUGUACGAAGCACCGCCGAUUUCCGUGGCGAGUUCUGUCAAGCUCAGUGACGAUGAAGAUUUUGAUACGAAUAGUUUGUUAAGUUUAGAUGAAGUGCCAACCACACCAGUUUCACGAGGGAGACUGCAUUUUGCAUCAAACUCAACGAACCGUGAUGCAACUCCAGCACCUGGGGCGUUUGCUGCAGCCACUGCAAUAGCUCAGAUGCAUAAAAAAAAGUUGUAUGAGCAACAACAACAACAACAACAACAACAACAACAACAACAACAAGAGAUACAGAGUGAGACAAGUAAGCAAAGAAUGUUGACUUCACUAGUUGCCACAUCUUUACCGAGAAGCACUGAAGAAACACUCUGUGUACCAACACUCUUGGCAAGAAUCUGUCAGGCAUAUGGCUAUGAUUCAAAGCCAGCCAUCUUGACUGCGAAUACUUUGGCGACGUUGAAGGAUAAUACGGCACAUAAGUCGCCAUUUGGACAGGAGAUUCAUGAUCGUUUAUUUAGCCUUUUGAUGAGCCGUGAUGAUGUUAUGAAAUUAAACCACGAAGAGGCGAUCACGUUUUUGCGUGAUAUAGUUCAUUUCCCCGUUUCCCGGUUGGAUAUCGACCAGUUGAUGACUGUAUAUUUUCAGCGAUGGGGUAACGUCAUGCCAAUUUUAAAUAAAUCUACGUUUCUAAAGACGUACGUGAAAGUCAUGCAAAUUGUCGAAGCUGGUUCAUUUUCAGUAGAAGAAGAUGGGGAAUUUUCUGAACUGAUCGAGAAAGCCGGUGCUUUGAUGGUGUUGUUGUUAGGUAUGGGACUUCUUUCAAGUAAGAACGUUUAUCUCAAGCAAGACACUGCUCAAAGCUAUAUAUUCUUGAUGAAGCAUUAUGACAUGUUAAUACAUGAAUUCGUCAAGCCCAAUUGUUUGAUUACAAAGCAUUGUUCUAUACAAUCGUUACAAAUUUUGUCCUUAGCACUACAAUACUGUUUGGCGAUCGGGGAUAUUUCUACGUGUUAUGACUUGAGGGGUAGAGUGAUUAGCAUGGCACAACAGUUGAGGUUGCACAGAUGUCCUGCAGCUAUUUUAGGCUUGGACGUGAAUGGGAAAAACAGUUUAAAUUCACAAAACUUCAUGCAAGGUGAGAGACGUAUCUUGUUCUGGUGUAUUUAUUGUCUUGAUACUUAUUGCUCCUUGAAUUUGGGUGUCCCACGAUUGAUGAAAGAUUAUGAAAUCGAAUGUGCGAUGCCAUUUUCUGGUAAAGGGAAUGAAGGCGAUCUGGAAAAUAGUGAGGAGGAGGAAGAUAAUGUCAAUAUAUUGAUUGUCAAUAACACUGAAUUAACCAUUGUCGGUAAAGUUUCCAAAAUGGCAUUGAGUGUUAUGUUGUUCUGUAAAGUUUUGGCUAGCAUUUUGGAUUCAAUCUAUUCGCGAUUUGACAAUGGCGAAGAUGCCUAUAGAAAAGCAUUGCAGAAGGACAGAUUGUUGGAUUGCUGGCGUCGAGAAUUACCAGCUGAUUUGAAAUUUGAUGUUGAUGUUAGUGGGUUGUCAUUGUCGAACAUUGAAACAAAGUAUUACCAAGGAAGCGUAUGGGAAAAUUGCAAUACACAACAAUUGACGCUCAUAUAUUUGUAUUAUCAUGCUAAGAUUUUGAUAUACUUGCCAAUCAUUUCCAAGUAUGGUAACCAUCAUAACGUUGGUUUGUCGCAAAAGGAUCAAUUGAAUAAAGGAGAAGGUGAUACCACCACCGUUGUAUCCACUAUGAGUUUGAUACAACAAUCAUCAAGUCAGAUUUUGCAGGUCAUGAAGUCAUCAGCGACGUCUUAUAGCUCAUCAGUGUUGCCAAUCCCGAUAAAUAUGGCAAGAGAGCAAGCUUUGCUUACAAUGUUGGUUGCCAAGGGGACUUUAGAUUAUAUAAAAGGAGGUCCGUUAUAUAAUAAUCUGAGACAACUUUUGCUAGACUCGGUUGCUAGAAUUGCAAAUGAUGCAAAAUAUGAUACCCCAGAUUGCUUGAAUAAAAAUUCUGUGAAAUUGUUGGAGCUUUCAAUUAUGAGUAUUCUUGGAAUCAGUUUGAAUAAAUUCACGGACAACUUAAAGAAGAAAACUUUUUCAAUUCCCAUUCAAAAGACUGCUGUCGAGAGAGAGCCCAAGUUUGCUACAGGAAAGCCUUGCACUCCGAUUGUAUCUAGUUUGAAGCAGCAACAGCAACAGCAACAAAACGUUGAGUUUGCAUACGGUGACUUAAAGUCCAAGUUGGGUGCUGAAGGAACUACCAACUCGCUAGCAAGUCAAGACGCUGACCUAUAUGGCAAUCUUGAUGACCUCGAAUCGCUUUUAAAAUUUGAUCCAUUCAGCAUCAAUGUUCAUGAUGCCAUGCAUAUCAAUGAGUUUGUUACGGAUGGAUCAUUGGGAUUUGGCCCUUUCUUGGAGUUAUCCAACACUGGUAAUGUUGAUCAAGACAGCCAUCGGAUGUUUGAUAACUAUCACAAUUACCCUCCACAAUAG